GAGAUUUUCGAGGAAUAUUUGGGAAGGAGAGGGAUCUCCCCCCAACUUUACCACGAAGAGGACAAAGCGACCGUUUAUCAUACAAGCGAAUAUUUCCCGAAAUCUCCGAUGUUUGUUCAUGCCAAACGUAUCGAAUGGGUCAAGCCGAAGGUCCAUUGGGAUCAAUCCAAGAAAUCCAGACUAAGAUUGGCUUUUAUGAGCUACGAGAAGAUCGAAGUCAAAAUGUGGGCGUAGGACCACUUCAUCCCUCCAGAAUUGCUGAAAAAAGACAAGAUAUGUUCUUUCUGAUGUUUCAAUCAAUAAAAAAUCUGGAGAUUUCAAGAACUGAAAGAAUGGAUUCGGAUAUUAACGAUGCUGGGAACACCUUUGAACGUCUUGUUUUGCAACCUUCACCUUACAAAGGCCGAAAGGAAAGAACUAGAGAAGUUCAAGAAGCACUUGAAGACAUGGGAGUUUAGAAUUGUACCAAUACUUAUUAAGCUUUGGCACAAUAGAGGUGAGAGAAGGACGAUUCUUGAAUGAACUUUCAAAUAAACGAAGAAUUGAUUCCUUACGAAUUUUGUCUAUUCAUUGUGGGCAAUUGUUUUCUUCACAAUUCUUGUGAUUUAAUCAGUGGACCGAGUUUCAAACUCUUCAGAAAAUGGACUGAAAUUUAAAUAAAUCUCAAUGGCUGAUGUUUCACCUUAAUCGUGGAUUUUUUGUAUACAGUAUUUUAAUAUUCAUAUUCAAUUAUGAUAGUUUUAAUUAUUUUCAAUUUGUGUUUUAAGUUCAGAAUAAUUGUGUAAUAAA